GAGUUCUUCUCGCCGGAGGGACCGACCUGAAAAAAAAAAAAAUGGAAGCAGUCGCCGGAAAUGGAGGAAGACGGGAGAGUGACGGGAGGGAGGGAGAAAGGGUGUAGAAGAAGAUUGAUCAAAAGUAAUAAAAUACUAUUAUGUGUUAUGGUUGGUGGAAAAGAAAAUAAAUAAAAUAAUAUGGUAGUGGGAUGAUGUAAUAAAGUAUUUUAGUUUUGAUUUAAUUUUAACAUUAGGGAGUUAGGAGGAAGAAAAUUAAGGAAUUAGAGAGUUGAAAGGAAGAAAUAAAGGCAUAGGGACUGAUGAGGAAAGUGAAAAGGCACUUAGGGAUUUUAGGAGAACUUGCCCUUGUUCAUUUAGAAUUUUCCUUUUUUUCCUAACCUAACAUCCCAACCUUUUUUUCUUCUUAAUUUUUUAUUUCCUAUCCUUUCACACAAAUCUUCCUCUUACUCGCCGUAGGUAAUCUUCCUCUUAAUCAUGAAUCGCCUUUUUAUAGCUUGAUUAAUUGUCUUCGUAGGCUUCAACCUCCAGCAUCAGAACCCUAAUAAAUUAGAAAAAAUAAAUUGGGGCUGACUUCAUCUUCAAUUGAUCUUUCGUUGCCGUCGAUGUCGGUCUAUGCCUCCAGGAGCACACCCAAAUUGUCCGGGAAACCAGCCGCCAAGAGUCGGCCUCCAGACCGAAAACUCAGCAACCAUCGAGCUCUACCUCCCGACCCAGAUGUGGUGGUCGGUUGCGCCGGCGUGUAUAUGGAGGAGAAGGACAUGGAGGAAUUCUGCUUGCUCGGAGCGGAGAGAUUGAGUGAGCUAAUGAGGCUAUCGUUCCAUAACCCGGCCAAGGGGUUGCCAGCUUGCUUUCUGUCCGAUUUCAUUGAUGUGAAUAUGAAAUAUAGAGAGUUAGCUCUGUUUGUGAUUAAGCUA